GGAGGCAUGGUGCGCCUCCAAUGUCUUGUGAAUGACAGUCGCUGUUUCAGGUUAUGUGACUUUGUGGCAGUGCGGGACACUUAUGCACCGAAGUGAGUUACGUGUCUGAACUAAGGUGAUAAGGAAGGCAGGUGCAGGACGCUGGAUCGCUGGAUGAGAUGCGCACCGGCUGCUGGUUUGACGCGGAGAGGGUCGGCGUUGCGCACGGUUACCAAACAGCCUGAGUAGUCUCGUGUCCGCUGCGUGGAUUUGACUUCUCGCUCUGUGGCUCUGAAUCAGUUUAGGAGAGGACUGACACUUCUCGCUUCGAGAGAGUUCUUCUCCAUCGACGGAUCCUGGAGGAAUGUGUUCAACUUAAACCAGACCUGCUCCACCUGUAUUUGCUCCAUCUGCACUUUUUCUUACUCCAAAAAGUUACCAGGUGACUUUUCUUGCGCAUGAUGUACACAAUUACAAGAGGUCCCAGCAAACUGGUCACCCAGCGACGGACAGGGCCUACGCAGCAGCUUGACAACAAAAUAAACGACUUCAAGCACAAACAGACGUCCUGGAACCUGCCUGGCCUUCCUGCACCUAAGAUAGUUUUCAACCGUGCAAACGGUAAGAAGUACCAUCACCCUGCUCCAGCUCUGCCUGCAGACACCCAGCAGGAAGAGAGCUUCACGCCCGCGCACGAGGAAAACGUCAAAUUUGUCUACGAUGCCUGGCAGGAGGUGGUGCAGCAGGAGCCAGAGGAGGCCCAGGGAGCAGUCCACUACAGAGAAACCGCCCCAAGCCCACACAUGGACAACUUUGUGCCCAUAGAUCUGGAUGAAUGGUGGGCUCAGCGUUUCCUUGACAACAUAGACAAGCUAUCCUGACGCUCUUCUUGGAUUUUUGGGUCUUUAUGGACGGUCCAGAGGCCAGACCUGAAGCAGGAUGCCUCACAGAGGGGAGGGAGCCUGGGCAGGAGGUGUGAGGGGUUGAAAUCCCCUGAUGUGGUUCAAAUGGACAGACAGCGCUGGGACGCUUACAUAAAAAACACAGAGAAUCACUUGAACUCUUGCCUGUUAAUAACAAUCCAUCUCCAAACAUUCAGUCUGCGACGGACUGCAAACUGGAGGAUGACAUCUUGAAGCUGAGGUUUUUAUUUCUAACCUCACAACCGAGACGUCCUGUUACUUUGAAAUGCAGUAAAAUUGUAUUUUCAAAAAGUUUUGUAUUGGAAUCUUUGAUUGUUUACUCACCUUAUUGGCCAUAUACACAGAACACCAACAGCUCCAUUAAAAACUCACACACACUAUUUUAAAUACAUUUUAUUAGAUUCACUGGUACUUUAAUACCAAUGUAGAGAAUCCACGUUUGACCAAUGACUGUUGACAAAUAACAGUAAGUAAAUCACAGUAAUAUACUGUAUAUUACCUAUAUAUUAUCAGUAUCAUUGAAACUUCUGAUGAAAAGUUGAACACAGAGCAUAAAGACAAACCAGGUUUACAGAGAAGCUUCCAGCAGUUCAUCUUCACUCCAUCUC